GGGACAUAUUCAGGUGGUGUCCAAAAAUAUUAUGAUUUGUGAAGUGAGUGGGGCUCAUAACUUUAUAUAGCUUCCAUAUUCUUCAUUCAAAUAUUAUGUUUGGGAUUAUGUUUUUCUUCUUUUAUUUAAUGGUGAAUAAUUAUAUUGUCUAUAUUUUCCAAUUAAAGUUGAAUUAUGUUAUAUAGUUGUAGAAAAUGGUCAAAGGAAAAAGACAAUGGCUGAAACCAGGUGAUUUGAGAACUAAGAAGCUAACAGAAUAUGAGAAACAAAGAAAUAAGCGAAUCAAGAAGAACUAUGAGGAACAAGAGAUGCCACCGGGGUUACGUUUACAGCCUCAUUCGAGGCCAUUAACUCCCACCCCAGAAGAAGGGAUGGAUCCCCCACGUCAAGAGAUUGGUACCCAACCCUUACCACCUCAUAAUGUGCAACCUGUGCAUGAGGUGACUGCAUCUAGUAGUGUUGGUAAGUUUGCAAAGUUGUUUAUAUUCAAUUUAAGAGUGGGUAAAGAAUUGGGGGUUUGGUUUCUGCCUUUGCAGAGACCUCGAGGUCUCUAUUUUAUUUCAAUAACUAGAGCAGUGACAAUGUCUAUUGCUCUGCCCAUGGCUCAGUUUUUACCACCCCAUCCACAUCCCAUUAAGGGUGGUUCUAGAUAG